AUGACGUCACUGUGCGGCACCGGCAGGAAGAGGGGCUCGGCGGCGCACGUGGGGGGCGGCGCGGCGGGCGGGCAAAUGGCGAGUUCCGCGGGCUUGGCUCUGUGCGGGCAGGUGCUGGUGGUGCGGGGCGGCAGCCGGUUCCUGGCCACCUCCACUGCGAACAGUGAUGGUGACGUUCUCUUCACAUAUGAUUGCAGCACUGCAGGAAAGAAGUCAGAAGAAAAUAAAGGGGAGGACGGGCAGUCCGUGGAUAAGGGGAGUGACACGAUUCUGGCGUCCACCUUUGCCAAGUCGGGCCGCUAUUUUGCUUUAACUGAUGACAGUAAGCGUCUGAUUCUUUUCCGUACAAAACCAUGGCAAUGUCUGAGUGUCAGGACCGUGGUGAGGAGGUGCACGGCCCUGACCUUCACGGCCUCGGAGGAGAAGCUUUUGGUGGCCGACAAGUCUGGGGAUGUUUAUUCCUUUUCGGUGUUGGAGCCACAGGAAUGCGGCAAGCUUGAGCUUGGGCACCUGUCGAUGCUGUUGGAUGUGGCCGUGAGUCCCGACGACCGCUAUGUCCUCACUGCCGACCGGGACGAGAAGAUCCGGGUCAGCUGGGCCGUGGCGCCGCACAGCAUCGAGUCCUUCUGCCUCGGUCAUGCAGAGUUCGUCAGCCGUGUCCUCGUGGUGCCCGACCACCCUGAGCUGCUGUUGUCUUCCUCUGGGGACUGCACCCUGAGGCUCUGGGAGUACCGAAGUGGCCGAGAGCUGCACUGCUGUCACCUGACCAGCCUGCAGGAGCCGGCAGAGCCGUGGGGUGACAAGAGGUUCGCCGCGUCCAGGAUCACUUACUGCAGCCAGGAGAGCUGCGUGGCGCUGCUGUGUGACUGUAUUCCUGUGGUCUACAUCUUCCAGCUCGAUGCCCACAGACAGCAGCUGGGUUACAGACAGCAGCUGGCUUUUCAGCACAGAGUGUGGGACAUUGUUUUCGAGGAGGGCCAGGGACUGUGGGUCCUGCAAGACUGCCGGGAAGCCCCCCUUGUGCUCUGCAGGCCUGUGGAUGGCCGGUGGCAGGCUGAUCCUGAAAGUGCCGCCUUAAGGAAGGUCUCUGCCCAUCUUCAGAGGAAUUGGGCCAUGUUGGAAGGUGAGAGUGUGAGCACAGCCUGCUUUUCAGGACGAUGUCCCGGAUGGGCCACAGACAGGGCCAGCUUGCAGAAUACCAUACACAGUAGGAAACCCCUUCUGUGGGCGAGAGCCCAGGAUAUGUGGCAUGUUCCCGUGUCCCCGUCCACAAGGCCGGCGGCUGGUCAGGGCACCGAGAAGCUGACCCACGCCCAGGCAGGGCGUCAGGGUGAUUGAGCUGCAUGGGAACCAGGGUCAGGGUUGGAGUCCUGUCCACCUCUUUGCCUUCAGGACUGUGUGUCGCAGGUCCUCUGGGUGGGGCUGCUAGUUGGUGGGCCUCCAGAUGGAGUGGCAGAUGACUCACGGGCCCCGAAUGCUGGCUCUGAGUGACCACGUGUGUGUGGUUCCUGGCCACGAAGUCAGGCAUGGGGACAGAUAGUGGACUACCGUGGGUCUCCGUGGCCCAGGGUGGGUCCCAGUAGGAAUACAAGGCCAAGGGAAGAGGAGAGGCAGUAGUGGGAAGGCGGACUCCCCCCCC